CAAAAAAUUAUAAAAGUAGGUCACAAGUGAUUUUAGAAAAAAAAUCAAAUGUAAUCAUGUGAUAGUGUUUUCAACCAAAGAUAUCUUGCUCCAGUGGAAUAGGAGACUUCCCAAAAAACUGGAGAUGAUCCAGCCAAUUUUUUGGAAGACAGUAGUUAUUUUUUCUCUGAUUUUGGAAAUUGUGACUGAAAAUCACGAACACCAUGGAAGUCUUCAUCAUAGGAAUGGAUGGCCAAUUAGGCAUGGUGUUCAGUCCCACAGUCGACAUAAUCAUGAAGGUCAAUGGGGUCGACUUCACGAGGCAGCGAAUCGCGAGAGUUUCCAGGAGACAAGAAAUCCUAUGAGUCAAGAGGUCAUCGGAAGGGACUUCAAGGACACGGAACGUCUCGAACAGAAUACUCGUCAUCACGUGGGGCAUCGGCUUUUUGAUGGGGUUGAUCAACGACCAAUCAGAACGGAUAAACUCAGUGCAGUUUCGGUUAAUGAUUAUAGUGGAAUUCAGACUUUAGGCUUUUCUGGAUUCCAUAAUAAUUAUCCUCAGAGAGAAACAAGUCCGCCGGUUUUUGUUCGAGUGACGACCACGCCAAGUCCCUAUACUAAACAUCAUGCUGGGAGACGAGUCUGCACCAGAACUGCACCUACGUCCGUAUCUCACCAUCACAGAGGGAGGCAAAUAAGGCUCGUCUACACGGAAUACACGUCUGGGUUCCUUUGCUGCCCUGGUUGGACGCAGGUCACGAGAUUGAGCUUCGGUUGCAACAAACCGACUUGCUCAGUACCUUGUCAAAAUGGUGGAGUCUGUACAUCUCCAGGAACCUGCACGUGCCCCAAGGGAUUCACUGGCAGUCAGUGCCAGACAGAUAUCGAUGAAUGCAUAACUGAAAAACCUUGUGCCCAACUCUGCAGAAAUCUACCCGGAAAAUAUGAAUGCUACUGCAGAUACGGUUUCCAAUUACAGCCUGACGGUCAAUCCUGUCGAAAAAAUGACAGCGAUGGAACAGCUUUUGAGGCUCACGAUUUGGAAAACAAUUUUGGGAUUGAAACAACUAGUUCAACCAACCGAGAUACUGAAAAUGAAGUGGGCGAUGAUAACGAAGAUCGCGACUAUGAAGUGAUUCUCAAGAGACUUACUAAACUUGAAAAGCAAUUCGCUCGUGGAAAGAAAAGGGAAAUAGAAUCAAUAGACAUGAACCUGAAAUUGUCUUCAGCAGUCGAGAGUAUCAACGAAAUGAAACGAACAGUUGAAAAUGUGCAACUCAUGCAACAAGAAAUCUACGAGAUGCGGGGCAAACUGAAACAAUUUGAGUUCGAGACGAGAAGAAUACAACAUUUAACGAAUCGUGUUAUUGAUUUAGAAAACAGAUUGAGGAUACGUUGCAGAUCCUGAAAUUCUACUGCCAACCAAAAUAAUUUUACGAGGAAGAACCAAAAGAAAAAGAAAAAAUAAUGUCAGAGUCCCUGUCAUUUUUGCAUUUACUUUAUGUAUAUUUAAUAAUUAAAGUCUACUUACAUUAAACUUUGUAAUAAAAUACAAAAGUAUUUAAUGAACAAAA